UCAGUGAAAGAUAGCAGGUGCGACUGAUUCGGGUUCCUAUGCAAAGAGAAGAUGCCCAGCAAGCCAACCUCAUGCACAGAACGUUGGUGCAAACUUAUGCUCAGCCGAGGCCGCCCUACUCUCUUCUAUCAAGAGAACAGCUCCAUCCCCCAAUCACCCUGGUGAGCUCUCGCCAGCUUCGGAAUAACACGGUCGUUUGACAGCCCCGGUUCAGAGGGACUGGAACGUGAGACUGGGAGUCGGGAAUUCGAAUCAAUUGUCAAAACAUCCAGAGGCUUAAAAUUCAGGAACACCUGAAGUGCCUUCAUUCUGUUGUAUGUCUAAGAUUACAGAUGGAGUUAUGUCUCUAAAGUUCCUCCUUCCUGCUCUCCGCAGUGCCAGAUGCAUCAGCAAAAGGAAAAUGGUCCAUGGAAAAAUAAUCGUAUCCGGGUUUCUCCCCAAUCUUGUUGCAAGCAACCAUUUGAUGUCCACGUACGUUAGUUGCGAUCGAAUAGAGGAUGCACGCCGUCUGUUCGAUCAAAUGCCCGAGAAGAACGUUGUCUCCUGGACCAUUCUGAUAUCUGGGUAUUCAAAAUCAGGCCCCAAAGAAGCUGCAGUUAGCUCUUUCAGAUCGAUGGUGUCCUCGGGUUUCAGUCCAAAUGACUUUACUUAUGUCAGCGUUCUUUCAGCUUGUGCAAGCAUUGGAGCAGCAAGGAGUGGGAAGGAGAUUCAUGGAAGGAUUUAUAGGCUCGAAGGAGGUGUUUUGAGUAGCUUCGUAAGCAAUUCGUUGGUUAAUUUGUACGCAAAAUGUGGUAUGAUACACUUGUCCCGGAGUUUGUUUGAUGGAAUUAUUCAGCCGAAUAUGGUAUCAUGGGGCUCGAUCCUUUCAGGCUACUGUCAAUGUGGACAGAAUGAGGAAGCUUUGAGGAUCUUUGCACGGGCAUGGAAAGAGGGUGUGGGGAUUAAUGAGUUCAUGGUUGCCAGUGUCUUGAGUGCUUGUUCUAGUUUGGGAGUUUUGGCUGUUGGGAAGCAAGUGCAUUGUUAUGUCAUCAAGAGUGGAAUUCCAUCUGAUCAGUUUGUUGAGGCGGCAGUCGUUGAUAUGUAUGUAAAAUGCAAUGAGCUUGAUUUGGCUUACCAGGCUUUCUCAGAGUUAGAUGAGCCUGGUUUGGCAUCCUGGGCUGCAUUGAUUGGAGGAUAUGCUCAGCAAGGGCAUGGAGAGAGAGCUAUUUGCCUUUUUAGAAAGUUGCAGUCAUCCUGCUUGAAACCAAAUGAACAUAUUUUUCCGUGUGUUCUUGUUGGUUGUUCUACUGUUGCUGCAGUUGAAGGAGGGAAGCAGCUCCACGCCCUUAUAAUUAAAUCAGGUUUCAGAAUGGCUGCAUAUGUUGGCAAUGCAGUCAUGGAUUUUUAUGCAAAAUGUGGAUUGCUUGAUGAAUCUGUCAAACUUUUUGAAGAAAUGGAAGAACAUGAUAUUGUAUCAUAUAAUGCUAUGAUUGCAAGGUAUGUUGAUCGGUGUGAUUUUAAAGGAGUCAUGGAACUUCUGAAACAAAUGCUGCUUGAAGGGACAAAUCCAAAUCCUUAUACUUAUUCUAGUAUUCUGAAACUUUGUGCAGAUCUUCCGGUAGUAAGGUGGGGCCAACAGACCCACAAUCUUAUCAUUAGACUUGGACUUGAUGCCAAUGUAAUUGUUGGAAGUGCACUCAUUGACAUGUAUGCAAAGUGUGGAAGAUUGGAAGAUGCUCGCAAAGUCUUCAGGAUGAUGCCUUCCAAAAACUUGGUUUCCUGGAAUGGUAUGCUUGUUGGGUAUGCUCAGCAUGGCUUUGGCGAGGAGGCAUUAGGGAUCUUUCACAUGAUGCAAAUGGAGAGUAUCAAGCCCAAUGAAAUAACCUUCAUUGGAGUUUUGUCUGCAUGUGCUCAUGCGGGUCUUGUCAAACAAGGGCAGUGCUACUUUGAUCUUAUGAAAGGGUGUGGAAUAAUUCCAAGAAUAGAUCAUUUUGCUUGUAUGGUUGAUCUAUUUGCUCGAGCUGGGCUGGUUGAAAGAGCCUAUGAGUUUAUAAAAAGCAUGCCCAUCCAACCAAAUAAGGUUAUAUGGCGUAGUCUAAUGGCUGGCUGUAAAACUCAUGGAAAUUUAGGCAUUGGGUUGAAUGCAGCCAGGCAAAUUUUGAAGAUCGAUCCUGAAGAUGAUUCAGCACAUGUCAUGCUUUCUGGUGUUUAUGCAAAUGCUGGGAUGUGGGAUGAGAGAGCUGGAGUGAGAGAUUUUUUAAAGAUGGGGUUCAAGAAAGUGCCAGGAUGCAGUUGGAUUUAGGGAGAGAACAGAAUUCAUUGUUUCUCCAUUGGGAAUGCAACACAAAACCAUGGAGAUGGUAUGGAUUCAACACUGAAUGUGUGGGUGAUUUAGAUGAUUGAUGCAGGAUGCGCAUCCAAAGAAGUUAGUUUGCAUCAUGAAGAAUAAGGGUAUGUCCCACCUUCUCCAAAAAUUACUGAGAAAGCGAGAGGAUACAUUAAUGAAGAAAGAGGCAAAGGAGAACAAAAGGCUGUGAUUGUUGGAGGAUACAUCAGUCUUGAGCUUGGUGCUACAUUGAGGAUCAACAACUUGGAUGGCCCUGGAUGUGCAGUAAGUUUAAAUUAACUUCUAGUGGAUAAAAUUUAUCAUUAUACAUAACAUCUUUAUCACUUGUUAAUUUUGCCAUUCUGCCAAAAUCAGUUACAUAAAUACCAAAUAUAUCAUGAAGAAAAUAACAACCUUGUGAUCACAGAAUGAAUGCAUCUUAGGCUCUGUUUGGUAUCACUUCAGUUUCAGAUUUUGAGUUUUCAAAAACUAAGGCAUGGAAACUGAUGAAGACAAACAUAUCUGUUAGAGUUGUUUUUAUUUUCUGUUUUUCAAAAAAAUAUAAGCUGGUUUUUGGAAAAGAAAAGGAAAACCAAAGAUUGCAUUUGGCAUUGGUAUCAAUUUUCUGUUUUAUAAAACCUGAAAACCAAAAUUCUGUUUCUGUUUUUUUCUUAAUUUCAGAAAACAUAAAUUCUGUUUGCUAUUAACUGUUGUUUUUCUAUAUAUACAUAGAAACUAGUGCAGAUGUGUUUUCUCCAACAGUCCAUUUUAUAAAACUUGUUAAAACACUAGAACAUGUAUGAAGUUCAUACAUAUGAUUUACAAUAAUGCUAAAUCCAAAAUUUAUGCAUGUUUGUGCUAAGUAUCCACCAUGAGCCUUUAUUUAAGUACAAUUAACAUAGGUAGGAACGAAAAUACAAUGACAAGCAGCAUUAAAAUAAUGCAUGCCACACCCAUAACAUGCAGACAAGAAGCAUCUUUCCCUCCUUUCAGCCCUUAAAAUCUAUCAGUAUUUGCUCAGCCUCAAUCUGUUGAAUUUGAUGGCACUUAUCAACCAAAACGAACCUUCAUGGUAAUAUGUAUUAUAAAUAGAAAAGAUAAUGAGUUAACUGAUAUCGAUGAGUUUGAUUAGCAAACAUCUACCUAAUAUUUGGGGCAUCGAUAAAGAUAGGAGCUAUAAUUAGUUUCAGUUUUAGCCAUAUAUUGUCUCAUCCAUUCUGUUCCAUAACCGCAAGAACAAUCAGGCUUGUAAAUAUGUUCCUUUUUCAUAUAUGCAUACAGAUGCUUUGCUAUGUGAAUGGAUCUAUGAAGUAAAACACUAUCAAAUUGGAAACCAUUGGGUUGUAAAAUCUUAACAUGAAUAUAUAACAGCAAAGGCCGACAUCAUUAAAAGUAUUAGAAAAUCAUAUCAUGUCCUAACAACACUCAUAGAAACGUUCAAAUAUAGAAGCCCGAUCAUAAAAAUUGUCUAAAUAAAAGAAAAGAACAUUAAACAUUACUUAGUUCAGCCUAUUUUUAAUUUUAUCAUAUUUCAAAUACUAUAUUAUCUUGAACUCAUUCAUAUAAUGCAAUUAAGUUGGUGCUACAUUUCCUUGAACCGACUCUUGUGAUGUGCUACCUUAUGAACGAUCUGUUGCAGCAUUCAUUCUAAUAAAAUUAUGCAUUAUACAAAAUGCAGUCACAAUAUAACAUUGUGUGUGUACUUUAUAGAGAGGCACUCAUUUCAGUAUCAGGAACCAAGCUUUCAGCAAUCUAAAACAACCGUAAGAGUAAGUGACAUUGCAUAUAGAUGAAUGCCUAUAGUUAAAUAGCUCUUUUAGUAGAAUUCUUUCCUACCCUUCUAUAUGCACUUAAAUUAUACUUCAUUUGAUGAUAAGGUGAGAGAUAACCUGGGAUGUUGGUACAUUCUGAUCGACAACAUAAAAUUUGCAUGUCUCAAAAAAUACAAUAUUCUAAAUUAUUUUAGUUAUAUUAGUCAUGAAAUAAAGAAAAUAAAAAGAUGCUAAUUACUUUCAUGUUGUAAAGGGAAUUUAACUCUAGGACUAAUUAUAUACUCUAGAGAAUUUUUUUGAGUCAUUUAUUGUUCUUUCAGUUAGCAAAUAUGUAAAUUUCACAUGUGGCCAUGAUGUUUUGUAUUGGUUCUCUCCUUUCCACAAUAUGCAACUUUUUUCAUCCAUGGGCACAUAUGCACCAAUGUUGUUUCCAUCUAUAGCACCACACAGUCAGAAGUGGAAUAAAAAUACAAAUAUCAUUUAUGUUUAUAAUAAGAAAAGGUCAAUAUCUUUAUAGGAUUUUCUAUGUUGAAAAGUAAUUACCUUGAAAUAUGAAAAUUAUAUAAGACCGAACAAAUUUCAUUAGUCUAUUCAAAAGACAUGAAUAAUUCACAUUAACACAACUGCUGAAGGACAUUGUUAAAAUGUCAAAAUAUGGUUUCCCCGAAGCGUUUGAAUCUUUCUGCCAUGACUCGGUUCCUUUCAUUAUGGGAUACAAACAUCAAGAAUAUAGUAACUUGCUCCUCUGUAGACAAAACCUUGGAGUUCUUUCAUAACUGCUUCUCGUUCAAUUUGUUGCAAAAAUAUAUAAAGCCAUAAGGUUCUAAAUGAGUCAUAAGCUCUAUUUGGAUGACCUGAAGCACCAUGAUAACAUAUUCAUGCCUUGUUAGACGAGAUCUCCUACAUGGGUUAUUUGCAUAAGUACAUCUCUUAGUGAUCAGCAAGGGCCUCAAGAAUCCUAAUUCAUCAAUCUUUUCUAAAUCAAAUUCCCAAUUUGUUCUAAAUCAAAUUCUUGAUCUUUUCCAAAUCUAAUUCCUAAUCUUAACCUAAUCAAAGAUGCUAUUGUUUCAACCUGUUGAAUUGAUAGUACUUAAAAUACAUAAUUGAUUUCAAAAUAUGAAAUCAUAAUUAAUAUUCUAAGAAAAAUACAUAAAAUCCAUGAUACUGGUGCAUUGACAAUACCGAUACCUAAAUCAUCCAUGCAAGAUAUGGAGAAUUCUAUUGGGGACAACUUUGAUGACAGAGGGACUCCCACCAUGUCCAAGUUGUUUGAGCAUGGGUAAAAAGACUAUUAGUUCAUUAACAGCAUCUAAUGUAGUUGAUGCAAGAGCAAUGGAACAACCAUGUUUGGUCAGCCCAUGUUGGUUCAGCCCAUCUGGGAGUAGCCCAUUACUCGGUCUACAGUUAGAAGUCUAGUUAGCUAUCAAUUAUGCUAUUCAUAAUUAAUUCUUGUUAGGGUUUAAUAAUAUGCUUAUGAAUGUGCAAUGUGUCUCUUAGUAUUUGUAGGCUUAUUUAUUGUGGUUCAUUCAUAUCUCCUAGUUUAUGUGGGUAACUGUUAUUAGCUUUUAGAAUGUUGUGAUAUUUUAAUCAAGGAAUAUGGAGAGUCAAUUGUCAUCUGUAUAAAGUCAUACAGUAGAGAAUGAAUGUUAGUGAAAAAUUAAUUGCUUGUGUUCUUCUUUUUGAAUUUAGUGGUGGGUUCCUUGUCCUCUAUCUUUAUCUCUUCCCCCUCUUUUGCUUAAUAUCCUAUUGUUUCCGACAUCAGUUGGUAUUAGAGAAGAUCAAUUUGAUCCCUUAGAAAAAAGGGUGGCCAAAUGCAUGAGGCUCUUGCUUUUGUAGGAUCUGGGAUGGUCAAUAUAUUUAGCCUUAUCCUUGCAUGCAGAGGUUGUUUUCAUGUUUCAAACCUAUAAUCUCUUGGUCAUAGCAGAGCAAUCUUAACAUUGCACCAAGGCUCACUCUCUAUUAGUAUGAUCUCUCAUCUCUCUUUUUUUUCUUUAUGAAGACAUCCUCUUUCUAAAAUCACGGUUGGUACCAAGAAUGAGUGUGUUGAACUCUUUUCCCAUCAUGAGGAGUUAGUCAGUAUGAUGCACAUUUUUUUUGAAUAAAAGGCAAGAUGAAGGCUUCAAUGCACAAGAAAAUCAAUAUAAAGAACAGGAAAAAGGUUUGAGCAACUGCAAGCUAUGCUCUUUCAAAUCAUGACAACUAGAACUUUAUAUCAUAGGCCAUCAUCCAUGAAAGUUGUUCCUCUAUCAAAAUGUCAUGAUCAACUUCACUAAUUAAGGAUAUGGCUAAAGUUAGAAAUUCACUCCAAGAUAUAAUAUGGCGACAUCUCAUCCUCCAUGUUCUCCUCCAAGAGCUUUUGGAUCCCCUCUAGUCUAAUAAUGCUUAUGAAAAUCUUUUGAACCCUCAAUGCUUUGUUAUUGUUGUAAAGGGAGUAGAACCUGAUAUUCCAGAUUUCUAUGGAAAAAAAGAACAUGAAGGUUUUCAAAAUUGGAUUUCAUGCUUUGAGCUUUUUUUUUUUUUUUAUUGGAUUUGCAUCGGUUGAUGAAGUGGUGCAAGGUUCAAUUUACUUCAGCCAAACUUAUUAAGUGCAGCUCAAAUUUGGUAGCAAUGCCAAAAGGAGAUGUUAUCAUAUAGUGUUUGUGAAGCAAUUGCUUCAAACCUGAUUCAUUUCUACAGAUUAUAUUCAAUCUCUUCAUAUUCAACUCAAUGGUCUUGUCCAACAAGAACAUGAAUCAGUUGUUUCCUACACUAAGAGAUUUUAUGAUGUAGUUGGCUGGACCGGACAAACAAGUCUAAUAGGACUUUCUAUGUGCUCAGUAUCAAGCUUGACUCGUCUCCAAAUCCAAGUUGACAUGAUAACAUGUUGUAUUUGGGAGCCAUCAUCCUUUCUUUGAAAGCGCAUCAAAGAAAGCAUGAUCUCCUUCUUAAUCAGUCAGUCAUCUGAUUCAAUCCUUUUCCUCAUUUUGCUGACAAACAAUGUACUUAUGUACAGCCACUAAUGUAUGUGUCCAAACUAAUAUCUCAUUAAAGUAAACAUUCUUAUUUGGGAUGCUUUGCACAUCGAUGUCCACAAAAGUUCACUCACUAACAUUCAUCUUUGGAGACGGUAGUCUAGAGUCGUGCAUUGUGAAUUUAUGUUAGUGGUUUUUGUCAAUUCUUUUGUUAUCUGUUCUCAAUCAUGCUAAUUAACUGAGUUAACAUUACCAUGUUGAUUUUUGAGAUCUCUAUUUGUUCUUUUUUUUUCUUUUAAACUGUGUUGUUAAGCUCUUAGUUAAUCACAAAGUUUUUUCUUUCCGUGUUUUAAAUAACAAACAAUAUAAGAGCACAAAUUCAUUGAAAUAAAUAUUUGGUAACUUGUAUGAAACUUGAUCCUUCUAUACAAGUUGGAUAUGGGAACCUUCAAUGUCAUAUUUUAGGACAUGACCAUACUUUAUGGAUGUGUUUGUAAAUAUGUAUGAUUGUAUGUAAAUAAUAAACAAUCUGUUGGACUGAUUGCUUUGUAAUUUGAUGAAAUUAAUGGCACAUUUGCCAAAUCUUAUGUUAGACUUGAUAGCAUCCAAGUGAGUACCAAAAGUUGAUCUGCACCACGUUUGAUAUCAUGGUAUGUGGAUAUAAACUUUCUAAAGAAAAUAAGGCAUGUUCAUAUGAAGUUUCAAAGAGUGUAAUGUAGUGUCCAAGUGUCUAGAUAUAUUGAGAAACGCACAUUGUACCAUAGGAAACUACUGCUAAUCAUUUUUUGGUUAAAAAAAA